CGAUUCAAAAGACAUCACUUCCUGGAACCGGUCAUCGAGUUUAACGUAUCCAGAAUUGAAUCGCUAAAUAGACAUGUCUUAGAGUUUUUAGAUAUAAUCAAUAAGCUAGGUCUCGAAGUAUUUCUAAUAGACCCGAUAGUACUCUAUCAACUCAUCGAUGAUAAGCACCGGCAGGUAUUAGUGGACAGGGAUUUAUUGCCAGACCCCGUGGCUAAUGACAUAAGCGGUGGCAAAGAGUAUUGCCUAUCAUUUGGUGUCUUUACAGAUAAUUUUCAAGGAGUUGUCAAAGAGUUGAGUCAAGUGUUGACUGAAUUGGUGUUUGAGUUUCGGUUAAUCGAUGGCUUAGACGGCAGUCAAAGGCGUUUUGACAAAGAUUUCGCGCAAAUAGACAACACUUUUUUGCAUAUGUUUUACGCGAGAAAUAAGGAAUGCAUACAAAUAUCGGUGUUUCAUAAACGCAGUGACUUUCUAUGGGUGGGAGACAUACCUGUCCAUCGAAGCGAAAGUUAUCACAAUUUUGUGCCAAAAGAUAUUCAUUACGGCAAACAUGAGUCGGCUUUCGAUUCGUUUGGUUUAGAGAAACUGAAAACUAAGACAAAUAUAACGCUUUUAAUACCCGAUAGAGUCGUUCACUUUAUAUCGCAAUACAAGUCAUCGAAAUUCAUUGAAUGUGACUAUAGUUUAGCCAUAAAUAUGUCCAAAAACUUCACGAAAUCAGAGUCAAUGAACCGUAAAGUGAGGGAAGCGAUGAUAGCGUUGAAAACGUUUACAUCGAAACUCUUUAUACCGUUUUUCAUAUCGAGUGGCACUCUAUUGGGUUGGUAUCGACAGUGUGGUGUCAUUCCCUACACCACAGACGUGGACACCGGGACGUGGGCUACGUAUGCCAGCCCUCAGCUCAUCGACAAAUUCAUUCAUAACGACGUUGUCCUCAAAUUAGCCAACAUUUACGGCUAUAUUGACAAUGGAUUGCAAUUCGCUUUUUAUACGGAAUCUCACGUAAGACUCGACUUAUUCUUCAUGUAUAGAGACGGACCAAACCUGACAUAUACGGGACAUAUCGCUGAGGAAAGGGCAUACUUCCGGUACAUAUACCCUAACUUUACCCUAUGUUCCGCUGAAUUGGUUGGACUCAAAGUACUGGUGCCCUGUAAUCCGGUAGAUGUGAUUACCGCCGGUCAGUUACCGGAUAGGUUGUUUUUGGGGGCGCCGGUUGGUACGACCCUAGACUUAGGUGCAGGCAUUUUAGGUUUAUGUGUAACUAUGGGAUGUAGGGUUGCUGGGGGCGCAGGUGGGGGCGUAGGUGUGGGCGCUAUGACGCUCUGA